GGUGAGGGCGCGGCCCGUGGAGGGGUCGACGGUGCCAUCCCCCUCGUGGAUGAUGAGCUUGUAGCCGGAGAUCUGGACUUCGCGGGAGCCACCCAUAACCAACCUGCCUACCCACCCAAGACCGCUCGCUCUUAUUAAGAUAAAGGAGCGAGGCUGAAGGGGAAGAGGCGUUGUCGGCAAUGGCGUUGGAAGUGCUGGAGGGGUCGGUGCGCAACAUCAUGGAGCAGGAGACUCUCAAGUGGGUCUUCGUCGGUGGGAAGGGCGGCGUCGGAAAAACCACCUCCAGCUCCAUCCUCUCCAUCCUCCUCGCCCAGGUCCGCCAGUCCGUCCUCAUCAUCUCCACCGACCCCGCGCAUAACCUCAGCGACGCCUUCCAGCAGCGCUUCACCAAGGUCCCCACCCUCGUCAACGGAUUCUCCAACCUCUACGCCAUGGAAGUGGAUCCCAAGGUGGAGGACGACGAUUUAUCUGACGAUGGCCUGGAAGGAUUCCUUUCGGAGUUGACGAAUGCGAUCCCUGGAGUCGACGAGGCUAUGAGUUUUGCUGAAAUGCUCAAAUUAGUUCAGACAAUGGAUUACUCGGUUAUAGUAUUUGAUACUGCUCCAACGGGCCAUACUUUACGAUUGUUGCAAUUCCCAUCAACUUUAGAGAAGGGGCUUGAAAAAGUUAUGUCUCUGAAGAAUAAGUUUGGUGGCAUGUUUAGCCAGGCUACUCGUCUUUUUGGCCUUGGUGAUGAGUUCAGUGAGGAUGCUUUGCUAGGGAGGCUGGAAGGUAUGAAGGAUGUGAUUGAGCAAGUAAACAACCAAUUUAAGGAUCCAGAUUUGACGACAUUUGUCUGCGUGUGCAUUCCUGAGUUUCUUUCUCUAUAUGAAACCGAGAGGUUGGUGCAAGAACUAGCAAAGUUUGAGAUAGACACCCAUAAUAUCAUCAUCAACCAAGUACUUUUUGACGAAGAAGCUGUUGAAUCCAAAUUGCUAAAAGCACGAAUGAAGAUGCAACAGAAGUAUAUCGACCAAUUCUACAUGCUCUACGACGAUUUCAAUAUCACCAAAUUGCCACUGCUCCCGGAAGAGGUUUGCGGAAUUCAAGCGCUUAGGAAGAUGUCUCAACACUAUGUCACACCCUACAAGCCUUCUCUUGCCCGGGGCACCAUCAAAGAAGUUCAGGAGAGAAUAUCUACCUUGAGAUUACAGCUCCAAGAAACGGAGUUAGAGCUAGAGAGGCUGCAAGAAGGGAAAUAGAAUAUGCUCAAUCGUUAGCGCGCUAAAUUUUUCUCCAAGAUCAAUCAAAGUUGUCGAUAGAUCUUUCGCGGCCAAUUUCGCUAAAGCUUGUUACCCUAUGAGAUUCAGGUAUAACUAAACUACACCAGAGUGCUAGGAGAUUUCUACCUUUAAAUUUCUGUUGUUUUACAUAGUUUCAGCAUACACUUGUUUUUAUUUAUCUGAGUUAUUAUUGAUUGAUUGGGAAAAUAAGGAUGAUAAUAAUUGUUUUCAUAUUAUAUUAUGAAAUUGUAUUUCUCCUUUUUGGAUUAUGAUUUGACCAUAUCAAUUAAAUUAAUAGUUAUUAUUAUUAUUGCUAGCAA